GUAGUUUCGCGGUGCUACCCACAUGACUUCAGUGUAUGGAACCCGAAGUCCUAGUUCAGGGUCCCAUUGCUGCUCAUUACUGGGCAGCAGUCCAGAGACGGGCCCAGUGGCCGCGUCUGGACAACCCUGCCCGCAAUGCUGCCGCUGUGGGUGUCGGUGGUCGCAGCGACGGCGCUGGCGGCGCCGGCCCCCGGAACACGAGAGCAGAAGCUGCAAGUGGCCCAGGCACCCAACGUGGUGCUUGUUGCCAGUGACUCCUUCGAUGGAAGACUAACAUUUCAACCAGGAAGUCGGGUGGUAAAGCUUCCCUUUAUCAACUUCAUGAAAGCGCAUGGCACCACCUUCCUGAAUGCCUACACUAACUCUCCCAUCUGCUGCCCAUCUCGUGCAGCAAUGUGGAGUGGCCUCUUCACUCACUUAACAGAAUCUUGGAAUAAUUUUAAGGGUCUCGAUCCAAAUUAUACAACAUGGAUGGAUGUCAUGGAGAAGCAUGGCUAUCAGACUCAAAAAUUUGGAAAACUGGACUAUACUUCAGGACAUCAUUCCGUUAGUAAUCGUGUGGAAGCCUGGACAAGGGAUGUUGCAUUCUUGCUCAGACAAGAAGGCAGGCCUGUGGUUAAUCUUAUCCCUGAUAAGAAUAGAAGGAGAGUGAUGGAAAGGGACUGGCAGAAUACAGACAAAGCGAUUGACUGGCUAAGACAGGAAGCCAUUAACUACACCAAACCAUUUGUCCUUUACUUGGGAUUGAAUUUACCACACCCUUACCCUUCACCUUCUUCAGGAGAAAACUUUGGCUCUUCUACAUUUCACACAUCUCUUUAUUGGCUAGAAAAGGUAGCCUAUGAUGUCAUCAAAAUCCCAAAGUGGUCAGCUUUGUCAGAAAUGCACCCUGUGGACUAUUACUCUUCCUAUACAAAAAACUGCACAGGGAAUUUUACCAAAAUGGAAAUUAAGAACAUUAGAGCAUUUUAUUAUGCUAUGUGUGCUGAGACAGAUGCCAUGCUAGGUGAAAUUAUUUUGGCGCUUCGCAAGUUAGAUCUUCUUCAGAAAACAAUUGUUAUAUAUACUUCAGACCAUGGAGAGAUGGCCAUGGAACACCGCCAGUUUUAUAAAAUGAGUAUGUAUGAAGCUAGUGCCCAUGUUCCACUGUUGAUGAUGGGACCAGGAAUCAAGGUCAACCUACAAGUGCCAGAUUUUGUUUCUCUUGUGGAUAUCUACCCUACAAUGCUUGGUGUGUAUGGACAUACAUGUGCCACAGUGUACAUGUGGAGGUCAGAAAACAACUUCUGGGAGUUGAGUCUCUCCUUCCACCAUGUGAGUCCCAGGAAUCAGACUCAGGUUGUCAGGACUACAAGGCCAGUACCUUUACUUACUAGACCAUUGUUAUGCCCAGAUUGUGACCCCAAAGAGACCACCGAAGACCUUAGGUACAGAAUGCAAAAGCAAGGUUUAUUUCUGUUUGUUUACAAGCCUCGGGCAGGGAAGCUCAAUCCAAAGCACUCACUCAAGGUAACAGUGAGGCCAGGAGGAGCUUGCUUUUUCUUUGUGUGGCUAGCUUUUUAAAGGCAAAAACCACAAGCUCUUCAGGGGGCUUGGGGGAGUUUUGCACGGGUGCAACUCGGAUUGGUUUAUUUUUAUCUCUGUUCUCUUUUAAUUGGGUGAGGGUAUGUAACCUUUGAAUUUACUGGUUGGUGGUUACAAUUAUCACUUUGGGGGCAGUCCAGCAUAAGUCCCAGGCUUUGUCCUUGAGCCACCGUGGGGGCUGGCUGGCCAAGCACAUACUGCACAUAACUCUAAAUUGGGGAGGGGUCCCAGACAGUAAACAUCUGGCUGAACUUUGAGCAGUCAAAGUACGUGCAGAAAGGGAGCUACUGCAAGGACUAUGUCUUUUGUUCAUGGCCCUCCCAGAAACUGCUUGCUCAAGUCUCAGGAAACUGAAAUUGAGGCCUGAUCUCUGAGAGAAGACUGAGCAGCCUGUUAUGGCAUCUGCUUGGUCCUUUCAACCAUCUCACUGGCUUAUCAAAAUACUAAAAAGUAUUUCCAAAAAGAAAGCAAUUUAAGCUUAAGGGUUUUUAAGGAAAUUGUUGCUAAAUAAGAAAGGAAAAUGUUGGCCGGGCAGUGGUGGCGCACGCCUUUAAUCCCAGCACUCGGGAGGCAGAGCCAGGCGGAUCUCUGUGAGUUCGAG